CAAUCGGUCAAGUACCCGCCGCCCUUUCGACGACACCUCCAAGGCUACCGUAGUCGGUCAAGCCGCCGACCAUUGAUCCAUCGCUUGGGUCUUUCCGUUGUAUAUAAACCAAGCUAGCAGUCCCCUUCCGCCCUGGGGCUCGAUACUCCUCUCUCUUUCUCUCUCCCUCUCUCCCUCCCUCUCUUUCUCCCUAUCUCUCUCUCUGCCUCCGCCUCCGCCUCCGCCGACAAACUUCUUCCCACGACAAACCGUUCCCGAAGCCCCGUUCCGCCCACCAUGGCUGCCGCCGCCGCCGCCUCGUCCUCGCAAAAGCCCCCCCGGGUGCAGGUCAACGACCUCUCGUACACCUUCCCCGACUACUCGACGGGCGUCCGCCACAUCACGCUCGACCUGCCCCCCCGCUCGCGCACGCUGCUCAUCGGCGCAAACGGCGCCGGCAAGACGACGCUCCUGCGGCUUCUCGCCGGCAAGCGCCUCGCGCCCAGCAACACCAUCUCCAUCUGCGGCGUCGACCCCUUCAAGGAGAGCCUCGAGGGCGUCACCUACCUCGGCCUCGAGUGGGUGCUCAACCCCAUCGUCCGCAACGACAUUGGCGUCGUCGAGCUCCUCCGCUCCGUCGGCGGCGACGCCUACCCCGAGCGCAGGGACGAGCUCGUCGCCAUGCUCGACAUUGACACCAACUGGCGCAUGCACGCCGUGUCCGACGGCGAGCGCCGCCGCGUCCAGCUCGCCAUGGGCCUGCUCCGCCCCUGGACCGUCCUCUUUCUCGACGAGAUCACCGUCGACCUGGAUGUCCUCAGCCGCGCCAGCUUCCUCGACUGGCUCAAGCGCGAGACAGAGUCCCGCGAGUGCACCAUCGUCUACGCCACGCACAUCCUCGACAACCUCGCCGGCUGGCCCACUCACCUCGUCCACAUGCACCUCGGCACCGUCAAGGAGUGGGACCGCGCCGACACCAUGCUCGCCUCCAUCGACGGCUCCGUCGGCCACACCGGCAACAGCCGCCUCGGCGAGCUCGUCUUUGGCUGGCUGAAGCAGGAUCUCGCGGAGCGCGGGCCUCGGAGCCAAGCCAACCUCGGCUCCGAGGGCAAGACGUACGGCUUUGGCGGCAUCAAGAUUGGCGGCUACGGCGACGAGUCAAAGCAGUCGGAGCGCCAGUUUAACACAGCCAGGGUCGGCGGGGAAGACAACAACAAAACGUUUCUGGGAAAGAGGGCAUCAUAG